AUGGUCGACGUCUCCCAGCUCGUCUCGCAGAUGCACGAGACGCUAUCGAGCAUCCACAGCACCAUCUCGUCUCUCUCUGCGCUUGACCACCAAUCACGCCUUGACGAACUCGAGCAGAGUCGUGCAGCUGCUCUUGAAGCUUUGCAAUCUAGCUUUCUCCUUGAAUCGGAUGAUCUUGCUCGCAAACGCAAAGCCCAACGCGAUGCUUUGGCUGAGCAGCGACGCCGCGAAGAUGAAGAGCGCGAGGCUCGACGCCGCCAAGAGGACGAAGCGCUUCUCGCACAAGUUGCCGACGAAGACCGUGACCGACAUGGAAAGCUGGACGUAGACGCGCGUGAGGUUGAAGAGUCGACGGAGACAAUGAUGGGACGUGUCGAAGAGGAGGCCAAGCAGGUGCUCGACGAGGGCAAAGCGAAGCUGGUAGCAUUGGAAGAAAGACGGAAGGAACUCAACCGCUUAAUUGAUGAGCAGCUCGAGCUUCCGCUACCAUCUGCACCAUCACGCCGCAAGUCGCGAGAACGGUCGCUUCCUGAAAUAGUGGCCCCCAGCAACCCAGUGGACACCUUUGACAACCGCGAUGACCACGGUGAUGGUGACCGACAUGGCCUUCCAACGGCGACGCCCACCACGACCGAGGCUAUCACAGCGAAGAAACUGGUGCAAGAAACCAACGUCGUCCAACAAGGUUCCGAACUGGUCUCUUCUACUGUCCAGACGGAGUCCAUCUCCGAGAACGAAACACCGUUCUAUGAGAAUCAAAAUUACACUCCCAAUGCGACACCAUACAUUAUACCGGGAGAAUUUCCAUCCUCCGCACUCCAGUCACCCGUCGGUGACAAUAUAGCCAUCAGCACUGUUGAAAAAGUCCUCACGGAACUACAACAAACCACAAAAGAUGUUGUCUCGGAGGAAAAGGUCGAAUCAGUUGUCUCACUGAUAGCACCAACCGAGGACGUUCCCGAGCAGCGGCUUGAAAAUUACGAUCAGCAAUCAGAACAACAACAAGAGCACUCACUUAGCGAAAGCAACGAAACUCGACAUGAGGGACCACCGGUUUCCAUCACUGCAGAGAGCAUAGGAGAUAGUGAGCAAUCAUCUCAGAUCGAGACCGAGGAACAGCCCGCGAUAACGUACACCUCGAAGAAAAUACAAGUAACGACGAUGGACACAGAGAUGGCGAUGCCACACGUUUAA